GGGUUACUGUGAAUUCUGAGGCGACGGAAGUUUUGUUUUUACACGGCCCUUGAUAGUUGCACCGAAUGUGCGUCUUUCAUAUUUGUGUCUGUAUGUAUAUUUAUGAAUCUUUAGAAAAGUUUUAACGUUGUUCCCUUUACGUGGAUUGGACGUUUACCUUUGUUUCCAUCAAGGGAUCUUCCCAUUGUCAUCCUGGCGUUGGUGUGUCUGGACGGUGUUUAUCUCCCAAAGCAGGAGAAUGACUUUGUCAACCAAGUCUCAGACGAGCUGGAUCAAUUCCAGCGGGAAGGCAGUGAGAAAAAAGUUCUGGUAUUUCCUCCCAUGGACAGCCGGCUGAGGUAUUUGAUCCACAGAACCACUGAAUACUUCAAGUCACUUACCAGCUUUUCUGUGGGGGAAGAAGGUGACAGGAGAACCAUUGUUUGCCAUCCUGAUAUAAGGCUUCCUCCUCCACCAGAAGAGAGUGAAAAUGUGUCAUGUGACCGUGGAGCUUCAAGACUCAGUGAUUCAGCUGGAGCCAGGUAUCACACUGUCAAAUUACCAGGACGUUUAGGAACACCAACCACCACUACCACAGCCAGCAAGCAAAUUACCGAAGCUGACAGAUCUAGGAAGAAAAUGAAAAGACCAGAUCAGCCUUUGUAUGUCCCAAAAGCACUACGUCAGAAAUUAGAUUCAGAGACCGUACAGGUAGAUGGGGCUAAGAAAGAGACACCCACAUUAUUGCCCAGGAGGGAAGGCCACCACCCAGUCAUAAGUGCAACAUCUGAGAAAGCAUCUGGGAUCAUCUAUGGUUCCAUUUCAACCACAAAGUAUUCUUCUACAGCUUUGAGUGAAAUGGACUUGGACAGUGAAAAGCAGCAGAAUAAAAACUGUGUUGUAGCAAGGAAAGAUGAUAUUUUACUUGAGAAAGAAAGCAUGUUGGAUGAUGAGAGAAAAACUGAGGAUUCUGUAGGCUGUGAAGAUGAGAGUGCUUCAUCCAUUUUAGAAAGUAAUGAAAUGAAAGAAGCUACUGCAGGUCAAACUGCAGGUAAUGUUGUCUCCAUGGACGUGGAAGAACAGGGUAUUAGGAAUUCACAGAAAAAGGACAAUGACACAAAUCUCAAUAAGAGUGAAGCAGAUCACAUUGAUACUAAAUGCAGCAGUCAUCUAAAACAGGAGAUUGCUGCUAACUUGAAGGUGAAGGAUGCUGCCGUUUUGCAUACACAGCUUGAUUAUUCCAGUUACGUUAAUAUUUCAAUAGAAGAAUGUGAAUUUGGCCACUUCAUUGAAAUCUAUGACUUUGAGCCUGAAUCAAAAACGGAGGAUCUAAUGGAAUAUUUUGUUCAGUUCCAAGAUGAAGGAUUUGAACUACACUGGGUGGAUGAGACUCAUGCCCUGGGAAUGUUCCCUACUGAGUCUGCAGCACAAGAGGCUCUAUCAAUGACAUGCCCGUCACUGAAGAUACGUCCACUUUCUGCAGCAACAUGGCAAACAAAACUAAAGGCAAAGAGCUUGGCAGAAUAUUUACAACCAUCAAAAGAUAGACUUCGUAUGGACUCAAGACCACAUAUGGAUUCUGCUGUGGCAAAGAGGUUACUGUCAAGAGCACUAGGUAUAGAGACGAGAGAGAAAAGGCCUAGAAACAACAUGGUAGCCAUCAAUAAUCAAAACAGCUGAACCAAGGCGAUGAAAGUGAAAGAUUUAUGAAGCCUUUGAACUUCAUUAGAAGAAUGUUGUUGCAUUUUUGUUUUAAUUGUAACUUAAAUAGUCAGUAUAAGAUACCAGAUAAGCUUUUUUCCAGCAUACUGCGAGGGAAACAGAUUGUAAAAUAAGCAUUUGUAUUAUAUUGUUUUAUAGUUGUGUGUGGUAACUUGUUUUUUUUAGGCCCAGGUCUCUGUGCCACCAGAAGUCUCCAUUCUGAAGGAGAAUUACUCCCCUGAAGCUUUCUGAAUCCUAUCAUGAUGGACUUGUGUUUGCAUGGACCUGAGGCCAGGUGUAAAAUCAAAAAUGAUUGCAGUGGGCAGCUUGUCAGGGGUUAAGGCCAGAGUAUUCCUGACCACUGUUUGUGGUUCACUCUACUUUUUUGUACCAUUGGAGGACACAUUAAAUAUGAAACUGCCAUACUCAUGUAUAUAAAAUGAAGCUAGUGUUCUCUGGUAGAAUAAUGUUUUUUAGGUACGAGCUAGAAAUUGCAGGUAUCCCUGUUUGGAAAGAAUUUGUUAUUGGAGCUUGUGUUGUUGUACCAAGUGUUCAACUAUACUUUUAUUUGUAAUAAAUGCCUGGUUUCAUCAUGG